AUGGCUGUAGAUAGGGAAAAGUAUGUUUUGCUUGCACUUGGUAGUUUUGGGAACAGGCUAUCGGAUUGUGUGCCUUGCACACAAUGCUACAAGCAAAAUGCCCCACUUUUCAACCCCACAAAAACCACAACUUAUAGAACUGUCUCAUGCACAUCCCAACAAUGCCAAUCACUCGGACCAGAUAGUUCAUCCUGCGAUAAAUCAAAUAGUUGUCUCUACCAAGUUAGUUAUGGGGACAGUUCCUACAGCAAUGGUGACUUAGCUGUGGAAACGUUCACUUUUGAUUCUUCCACUUCCAAAGAAAGUGUGGUAUUCCCUAAGAUUGUGUUUGGUUGCGGGCAUAACAACGACGGGACUUUCAACGAGACGGGCUCCGGGAUCGUUGGCCUUGGUGGUGGCGCCGUCUCAAUAGUGAGACAACUAGAGACGACCAUCGGUGGAAAAUUCUCAUACUGCCUCACGACCAUGGAUUCGAAAUCUUCUAGCAAGAUUAGUUUUGGACUUAAUGCUAUCGUGACGGGGCCUAACGUCUCGUCUACCCCUCUAGUACAGAAAUCCCCCGAUACGUUCUAUUAUCUCACAUUAGAGGGUGUUAGUGUUGGGAAUGAGGCUUUGGCAUACAAUUACAUUCCCAACUCCAAUUCCAAGGCAUCAGUCGAAGAAGGCAACAUAAUCAUCGACUCUGGAACAACAUUGACGUUCCUUCCUAGUUCCCUUUAUGAAGGAUUGGAAUCCGCAUUGGAGAAAUCGAUUAGUGGUAGUCGUGUGUCUGAUCCUCAAGGAUUGUUUGGGUUGUGUUAUGAGUUACCUAGCAAUGGAGAAUUCAAUGCCCCACCUAUAAUAGCACAUUUCACAGGAGCGGAUGUUGAAUUGACACAAGAAAGCAUUUUUAUAGAGGUAGAGAAGGGGGUGGUAUGUCUGACUUUUAUGCCCUCACAAGAUCUGGCCAUUUUUGGUAACUUACAUCAGAUGAAUUUUCUGAUUGGAUAUGAUCUUGAAAAUCAGAAGGUGGACUUCUUGCCAACUGAUUGCAGCAAGACCCAAUGA